CACCGUGGGCAGAGCGGUCCUGGCCGCCCUGAGAGCACAGCCCCAUGCGCAGCCCCGGCUCCUCACACCCAGCUCCGCUGCCCACCCUCAUCGCUGCUGCCCCAUGUUCCGCUCGCGUCGUGCCGCGCUGGUGAGGCGGCUCUGGCGGCAGCGCUGCGCGGCGCCCGGCCCUGAGGACGGCCACGGCGCCCUGAAGCCCGCGGCACAUGCCCUCUUCAAGAAGCUCAAGGACGAGGAGCUGGAGCUGCUGGUGCAGGCGGUGGAGAGCCGGGGCGCCUGGGAGUCCGGCUGCGUCUGGGUGCCGCGGGGGGACCCGCGGGGGGCCAAGCAGGCGCUGCCCCCCCAGGUCCUGCUCUGCCGCCUCUACCGCUGGCCCGACCUGCGCCAGCCCCACGAGCUCAAGCACCUCUCCUACUGCCAGAGCGGCGGGGGCUGCGGGGACGCGGCGGCGCUCUGCUGCAACCCCCACCACUUCAGCCGCCUGGCUGUGCCCGAGACCCCUCCGCCCCCCUACUCGAAGUCGUCCUUCGGCCCCUCCUGGCCGGCCGAGCCCGAGCACCCCCAGCUCCUGGAGUUCAGCUACAACCGCGUGGACUGGCGCG